UUCUCAAUAAUUGUGAUUUGUGAUACCAAUUAUCCAGUAUGAUUAAAAGUUAUUAUUUUCAAUUUUAGCUGCAAUUAACUAUUUAUAUUAUAAUUUAACGGUUGUGGAUAUUUGAUUGGCCAUUUUAUUCCUUAACAGAGUUGCAAUGAAUGAUAACGAAAAAGAGGAGGCUGCCAAUUUGAAAGAGGAAUUUGAAUGGGUACUUCGUGAAGAAGUUCACGCAAUUUUACACCAACUACAUACGGUACUUGUGGAAUGUGCUCACAGAUUUCCAGUUCCACUGUAUGGAAAUGAAGGACAAAAACAGGAUAAAUUUAUUCUUACUUCCCAACCAGAACAGCUGAAAUGUAUAGUAACUCUAACAGGAGACAGUAUAACACAUGCUGACAUCAGCUUCAAAGUUCUCAGGCAAAUGCAUACAAUCUGCCGAACAUCAAUUAACCAAGAUGGACCAUGGAAGCUUCAGCAAAUACAGGAUGCUGCAAACCAUCUGCAACAAGCAAUAGGAUAUAUUGAUAAUGUCGAUAAACAUUAUGUUUUUAGGUCAUCAGAAGAGGUUUUACAUAUAAUACAGUGCCUAAUUGGGUCAUUGCAAAGGGCUCGUACAGCAUUAGUUUUACCUAAAAAGAAAGCAAUUGAUGAACUCAUGAAGAGUAGAAAUAUGGAUUCUUUACAGAAAGCUCUAUCACCAAAUCUUCCUGAGGAUUUAGCGAUAUCCUUUUACCUGCAAUCACAUAAGUUGAUAUUUGUGGCAUACCAUAUAAGUUCAGUGCACGGCACAAUGAGGAUUGAUUCAUGCCAAGCGGACUGUGCCGUGCCCUGGCUCAGUGAUGUGCUGUUUAUGAUGACAGCUGCCCUUCAUAUGUGUCAACAGCUUAAAGAUAAGCUGUGCGUGUUCUCGCAGUACAAGGAUUUCACGGUUGGAUCAAGAUCUGCUUCCAUGGUAUUUAAUUAAACGUAACAAGUGAAUAUUUAUUAAAACUUCGAUAAUUUAUAUGUGCAAGUCAAUAUUUACAAAUUUAAUUUAUUUUGUAGCGAUGCAUUUAGUCUGUUAGUUUUAUGUUGGAGAUAUUUGAUUGGAAAGGUUGACUGAAGGCCCGUAUUCCAAAACUGUCUCAAAUUUAAUUGAGUGUUUGAAUCUAGAUCAUUUAUACGUCUAGAUAGACUGUGACAGAUGUGAUAACGUCUACAAAAAUUGAGGUUGACUGUUUACCACUAUUAUGAGCAAUGCACACAAAGUGACAUACAAAAUCGCGAGUGUAAGACAUAGCUUGUCACGCACACUAAAUUAUUAAACCUGGCCUGUUUUUAUCAGAUGUCUAGCAGCAUGUGACUCUAUUUAGACGUAUAAAUUAACUAAGGAUUGAAUAAUACGGCAAUACAAAGGUACUCGUCGAUAAAAAUUGAGGUCGACCCUAUUGGUUCAGGAAUACGGGCCAGAAUGCUGUAUAAAUUUGUUUAUUCAUUUAUGUGAAGAUUGAGUGGUAUGUAAGAGCUUAUGUUUUUUAGGGACUGGUGUUUACUUAAUAAUGGGACUUACUGCCUUGUGAUACAAAACAUAUUAGGUGUUCGAGAUCCUCGUGACCUAUACAGGGUGUCCCAAAGUAAUGGGACAUGAAGGGAUAUACCUUAAAUAUCGAAGAUAGGCUAUUUUACUGAAAGAAGACUUUAUGUUAUUUUUAAAAGUUAGUACUUCUGCAUUCAAUGAUUUUUCUAAAAAUUACUUGCCUCGUCUGGGAAUCGAACCGACUGAAAUGUAAAAAAAAAUACCCCUACUUUUAUGCCAAUCGAAAGAAUGGCCAAAAACUAAUAACUCUUCUCAAGUAACAUAGUAUUUUAAAAGAAAGGAACUACGUAAAAUGAAUGUUUUCCUACUUGGAUUGGUACGAAUGGACCGAUUAGAUGGCCCGCCAGAUCCCCGGACCUUACACCAUUAGAUUUCUUCUUUUGGGGAUAUGUGAAAGAUAUGCUAUACAAAAAACGAUACGAGAACGUGGGCGAGUUACAAACAGAAUUGAGCCAUAUCAUAUCGAGUAUUCACCAUAAAAUGAUAAAAAAAAAUCUUGAAUGAGUUCAUUCAUUCAUUCUUUUAAUGAGUCCGCUGCUGAUUUUCUUAUCAUCUUAUCAUAAUUUUAUGGUGAAUACUCGAUAUGAUAUGGCACAAUUAUGUUUGUAACUCACCCACGUUCUAGUAUUGUUUUUUGUAUAGCAUAUCUUUCACGUAUCCCCAAAAGAAGAAAUCUAAUGGUGUAAGGUCCGGGGAUCUGGCCGGCCAUCUAAUCGUUCCAUUCGUACCAAUCCAAGUAGGAAAACUUUCAUUUUACGUUGUUCCUUUUUUUAAAAAUACUAUGUUACUUAAGAAGAGUUAUUAGUUUUUGGCCAUUCUUUCGAUUGGCAUUACUAAAGUAGGGGUGUUUUUUUUUUACAUUUCAGUCGGUUCGAUUCCCAGACGAGGCAAGUAAUUUUUAGAAAAUCUUUGAAUGCAGAAGUCUUUUAAAAAUAACAUAAAGUCUUCUUUCAGUAAAAUAGCCUAUCUUCGAUAUUUAAGGUACUUUCCCUUCAUGUCCUUAUAACAUAACUUUGGGACAUCUGUAUAUUCUAUACAUUUUUCAACUUCUUUGUGUCUUAUGCUUGCCUAGUAUGUUUUGCAUAAAAGGUAUAUUGGUAAAUCAUUUUAAUAACGAAUUAUUUGACGGAUAUGAAAGUCAUUUAGAAUACUAUUUCUAAUAAAUUGUCAAGCCGUGAAGUACAGAUUGCAUUGCGUUUCUGUGUCAGUUUGAGUUAAUGUAUACGCCAAUGCAAAUGGACCUAGUUAUCAAAAAAGCACUUACUAACAAUAAAUUGAUAAAAAUGUGAUACGUCAUUACUUAUUUACUGCCUAAUGCAAAAUUAUCCCAAAAUACAUGCAUGUACUAUCGACAAAAUUGAAUAGUGACCCAGCUUAAAUGUCAUUUUUCUACAGUCAUAAUAGUAGGUCGAAAUUAGCUUGAACAUAAAUUUACUGAGUAUUUGUUAUCAUUUUAUUAGGCACUCACAGUCCACCAAUUUUCAUACAAUCUUUUUCGUGGAAAUUAACCUGUUUUUAUGAUUUCAAAGUAUUAUCAGCAAAAUGGGCCAUGAAUCAAUUUUAUCGAUAGUACACAUGUGACAUUAAAAUAUCAACCCAAAUCUAUAAAUUAUCACACACAAUUUUUCUGGCUCUAAAAGGUCCAAAGUAGAAAAUGAGCGUAACAUCUAUUGGCUUUUAAACACCAAAGUAAAAUAUAUAUUAAUGCUCUUAAAUCAGUUUGAGUAAGCACCAGUUCAAUGUGAAUGUUCAAUUGAUAAAUAAAUAUGUGUCGAGUCCAUUGUUGAUAUUCUUGUUGACUAUGUUAUAAGUAUAUUAAUGUAUAUUAUAAUUAACAAUAGAUAGUUAUAACGAUCGUGCUCUGUUUUUAAACCUGGUGUUAAUAUAGCUGGCGACAUUAUCAGUUAACAUGAAACUCUGAUAUCAUUUAAUCGUCUAGAUAGACUUUGACAGAUGUAAAAGAAAAACAUGUGGUUGACAGUUAACCUCUAUUUUGAGCAAUACACGCACACCACUGACCUGUAUAAAUACCACUGGACAGGCUAAUACCAUAUGUUUGACAGCAAAUUUUUUGUGCCUAUUUGAAGCGCAACUCGCGAGCGUCCAGAGAACUAAUUUUGACUUAAAAUACAAAUGGAACGUACAAUACUCUGAAGUAUUUUUGAAUUUUGAAUUAAUUUAGUUAGUUUGCCAUGUAAUUUAUACUUCAAGGAUAGAUAUAUAUAAUAAAGUACACAUUUUUUUUUGUAAAUAGUUUUCCACCAUCUAUCGAUGAUUGCUGAGGUUGUCAUCACUAGUUUUAGUACCGCAGACUCUCGCUACAUAGCCAUCAGCGCCAAAAUGGCGACUAUCGAACAGGCACAAAAGCACUUUGUCAGCCGUCAGUCCAGUGGUAUAUAGUAGAGGUCAGUGACGCACACUAACACAAAGUGUCAUACAAAUCGCGAGUGUAAGACGUAGCUUGUCACGCACGCUAAAGUAACAAACCUGGACUGUUUUCUCCGGUUGUCUAACAGCGUGAGGUUGUAUCUAGACAUAUAAAUUAAUUAUUUAAGAUGAUGAUUUGUUUUUAAGAUUUUGUCUCAUAAAUGUCACAUUAGUUACCAGAAGUGUCAUAUAAUAAUGUAACAAAGGUCUGACUCAUAAUUUGUUGUCAAAAGUGUUACAAACGAAAUACUUACUUAUUAUUAUUGUUUACUUGUUUUAAAUUUGCAGGUUAAUAUUGAAUUUUUAAAAAUAAUAUGUAUCUAAGAUACCUACAAUCACACUGCCCUUUCAUGUCAUUUAGAUUAGGUAUUAUGACAUAUUUUCAAAAACAAAACUAUAAUAAUAUGCAAAAAAAAUUGAAAUACAUUUUUAUGAAUCUACUUUGAGAUAGACGCGAGAGCGGGCGUAGUUGAUCACGUAACGCCUCAGUAGUCAAUGAUAACACGGUAAUAGGUUACAUGUUACAUUCAUUACCCAAUCAAAUCUUCAUGCGAUGCAGUGAUGACAAUUUGAAGCGUGACGUCAUUGCUGUUUCUGUUGGAAACUUAAUUGAAUUUUAUACAAUUUUUUCAUUGAAUAUAAUAUUUUGAUUCAUCUCCAUAUUCAAAUCGAAACUGUGUCAUUCUUUAGAAUCAUAUUGUCAUCAUAUAUUUUUUCUUAAAAACGUUUAUCCUUUUAAUUUUAAAGUGAAACUUUUAUUACAUCGUCUCAAACUUUUUCGUCUGUGUGUCGCAUGUCGCGUGACGGUCGGGCGGCGCCUAUAGUUCUCAUAAUAUUGAAGGCAAAUGCGUUCGGGUGGAAGAGUAGGUUCGAACCCCACACACUUGAUAAAGAUUUGUUUUUUAAAUGUAAAGCAUAAUAUUAAAUUUGUUUUUUUUUUCUAUGCUGAUAUUAAUACCUAUUUAUUUUGUGAAAAAAGCUUCACUUGCAUCGUGGUUUCAUAAAACCACACAAUUGCUUUUUUUUAUUUCGUAAAAAAUGGCCUUUCUUAAACUAUUGAAUACAUCAAAGUACAACAUUUGAAAUUUUUAUUAUUAUCGUUAACAUUGAUUUUACCAAUUCAAGCAAAAUUAAAUAUAGUUUUGUAUGAAGCCGUUGCUUCAUUAUUAUUAUCUGGGCUCGAAGUAAAAUAAAUUAUAUAGGCACUUAUUAUUUUAACCAUCAGGUGUCAAAUAUCAAAUUGCUCUGUGGUGGAUCCUAAAGCCACAAUAACCCCAAAGAGGAUAAAUUAAUUGAAUAAAUUUUAUGUAUAGGUAAGAUUAACCAGUAUUUAAGUGACAAAAAAAACAUUAAGUUGGCAACUGUGAUUAAAAAAAAGUAUUAGGUACAUGACGAUUGAAGGUGGUAUUACCAAAAAGCAGAGAUAACAAAUAAAGUAAUUAACAUGAAAAGGACAUCCACAAAAAUGUACAUUCCAUGUACACAUACAUGGUAAAUACAUUCUAUAAUAAAAAAAAGAAAGAUGAAUUAAUACUUAAUUUUUAACUUCUCUGAACUUGUCAGUUUUGAUAUCUAAAUCUAAAUGCAACGAUAUAUUUAUCAACUUUCGCCCUUCCGCAAUGUUAAAGGUGAUAUUGACGUUUCUAAUCACUCAUCAGUGAUACAUAGAUUAUAAAUACUUUAGUAGACGUGACAUUUAUAUGACAAAAAUGCUUAUUUUAGGAACAUUAUAUUCAUAUUAUAACUGUCUGUAUUUAUAUUUUUGCAUUCAUUUUAAUUAUCUUUUCAAAUCUUGAUGCGUCAAUUUUUUUUUCAUUUAAAAUAAUAAGCUUUUACAUUUUAUUUUUAUGAUAUUCUGUUCGAAUGACAAGUUCAUUGAGAUUUUUAUUUAUAAUUUACAUAUUAUAAUUUACACCAAAAAUCAUUCGUGUACAAUAUAUUUAAUAACUAUGCCGACGUCUAUAGAGAAAUAGUAUAUUGCUCUUCAUGUUUCGCAAAUACUGACAAGAAGAUUAAAUAUGUACCUAUUUAUUUAUAAUGUGAUAAAUUUAAAAUGAAGCAGACAAUAUUAUAAUAUUCACCACGUUCGGUAGAAUCAAUAAUGCGCAAUUUGUGAAGAAAUAAAUCAUUAUGUAUGUAUGUAUUUUGUUCAUUUACUGCAAAAGUUUCUAACUCACUCAAAAAAGGUCGCCACAUCGAUUUCUUUAUCUAAAAAUGUAAUAAAAUCCUUUGUCCUACUAUCGCCGAGUAGCGUUUAUAUUAAAUUGUUAACCAUGAAAUGAUAAUGCAUUGUCUUUAGUAUCGGGUACAAAACUCAUAGUCAUUGUUAUCACAAAUUAUUUUGUAUUUUUAUGUAAGGUAAUUUUAUUAAUAACAACGUGAAAGCUUCGUCUAAUAAGUACCUAAUUUAGUGGACGAAGUUUUGCAAAAAUAAGUCCAGUUUGUACAAGAGUUGUAAAGGCGUUCUCUCUACUCGCGUAGCAGAGACUGCCUAUUUCGGAUAUUGACCUACCAAUAAUACCUAUAUAUUCUGUACAUAUAUAUUAUACUACCUACCAAUUAUUAUAGAGGGAUACAUAUUUUUUUUUAAAUAUAGCGGGGGACAGAUUCUAAUUGUUAGUUUUUUCGUAACUAUCCUUUUAUUGUUAUUUUGGUGAUACUUUCGAUUUUAAAUAAGUUUCGAGUAUUAUUUAGUUACGCUUUUGAAAUAUUUAAAACAGUCACGAUCUCUUUAAAGUUUAAAUAAAUAGUCGUGAUGAAUUUGUAAUUCUUUACGAUCACUUUUAACGUUCGUAAAGAACAUUUUAAUGUCAAACCUAUUGUCAACUAAUAAAUGUAUAAACGUAAGUUGUUCUUGUUAAUGUUAUUCGAUAUUAAUGAGGAAACACAGGUGGAAUCGACAGCAAUAAUUUGUAUACGUUAAAUGUUUAUAUUUGUUUAAGUAUAAUAUAAAUACUGCGUGUUCACGCUCGACUUGUACUCAGUAUGAACGAUUUUCAUGAAAUAAGCGUGCACUUUUUUUUAAUUAUACUAAAAAACUAACUAUUAUACUAAAAACUAAACCUACCUACAUAACAAUUAAGCUAUUGCAUAAGUGCAUUGGCAAUUCGGUACAAGCUGUGCAUAAUAUAUUGUGUUAAUAAGAAGGACAUUGUAUCGACUUCCCUUUUGUGUGAUUGUAUCCAUAAUAAUAUAUGAAAAUCGAUUCUUUACGAGUUACCUCCAAAGAAUACAGUAUUUAAAAAUUAAUAUUGCUGUGUUAAGUAGUGUUUUCUCGUUUUUAUUUAACAUGCGAACAUAAUAUAUAAAGUCAUAUGUUUAGAAUGCGAUCUUUCGAAAGAAUCUGUAAAUUAGGUUGUAGUUACAUAAUAUUAUAUGUUUGUUAUUUCCUA